CGCUGCCUUUCCCGUUUAAGAAAAAACCCAUGUUAACUUCGGAAUGUGUAAAUUAGAAAACAAUAGUAGGAGGUUGUUAAGUUAACUAGUAAAGUGUGAAAGCUGAAAAGUGUUUCCGCUGGGUCGUGGCUGUUAGGGUGUGAACUUGCAAACUCAUCAGAAGAGGACUUUGUUUAAGGAUUCUCGUUGUUUUAAGGUUAAAUUUUGGUGGCAUUAUUAUUGGAGCUGGUAGGUAGAUGUGGCGAGGGUAAAUAAAUGAGAGAAACGAGGGUAAAUAAAAUAGAGAAAUAACUCUGCAUGUUGACCGGUGGAUAUUAGAGUAGUAGUAGUAGUAGAAAGAAUAGAAAUAGAAAUAAAAAUAGAAUCCCUAAAGAGAAAUCAACACCAACACCAAAAACCAAAACCAAAACCAAACCAAAACUUUAUCCAUCCAUCCCAAAAAGUUUGCUUUGGUUAAUGCCCCUAACAAAUUUCCAUUUUUAUUUUCCCUGUUUGUGACUAGAGAGUUGGGUUCCCAUGCCGGUUGAUUUGGACAACGCUUCCACAGCUUCAGGGGAAGCCGCCAGCGUCUCUUCCUCCGGCCACCAAACAAAACCCGCCGUCCCAAAGAAAAAACGAAACCUCCCGGGCAUGCCAGAUCCCGAGGCAGAGGUGAUUGCUCUAUCGCCGACGGCGCUCUUGGCAACAAACCGUUUCGUGUGCGAGAUAUGCAACAAGGGAUUCCAGAGGGACCAGAAUCUGCAGCUUCACCGGCGGGGCCACAACCUGCCGUGGAAGCUGCGGCAGAGGUCAAGCAAGGAGGUGCGAAAGAGAGUGUACGUGUGCCCCGAGCCCACGUGCGUGCACCACGACCCUGCCAGAGCUUUAGGGGACUUGACGGGGAUCAAGAAGCACUUCUGCAGGAAGCACGGCGAGAAGAAGUGGAAAUGCGACAAGUGCUCCAAGAAGUACGCUGUUCAGUCCGAUUGGAAGGCGCACUCCAAAGUCUGCGGCACCAGAGAGUAUAAGUGCGACUGUGGAACCGUUUUCUCCAGGAGGGAUAGCUUCAUCACUCAUAGGGCGUUUUGCGAUGUGUUGGCGGAGGAGAACGUGAGAUCUCACGCUGUUGUGAAAGAUAAUUCGGAGAAUGAUUCCAAGGUUUUAACCUUAACCGGUGAUUCGCCACCGCUACAGCCUGUCUCUGCAACGGUGGCUACUACUACUACGCAGACAAAUAGUGCUAUGUCCUGUGGUUUGCAGACGCAGAACCUAGAGUUGCCAGAAACCAAUCCCCCGCAAGUCAUUGAGGAGGAGCCACAAGGUGCUACUGCUGUAAGUGGGAGCUGUGGCAGCAACAGCACCUGCUCAACAAGCAAUGGCGGUGCUACUAGUAAUAGCAAUAGUAGUAGUAGUGUGUUUGCGGGUUUAUUUGCUUCUUCAACAGCAUCUGGGAGCCUACAAUCUCAAACACCAGCAUUCAGUGACUUAAUUAGAGCCAUGGGGCCUCCGGAACACCCUGCAGAUCUUAUCUCAGCUCCUUCAUCAUCCGAGGCCAUAUCUCUUUGCCUCUCCACCACCAGUGCCUCACCAAUCUUCGCAACAGGAGGCCAACAGUAUGUGUCGUCGCCACCGCAGCCUGCCAUGUCAGCCACUGCAUUGCUGCAGAAGGCAGCUCAAAUGGGUGCUGCUGCCACAAACGCCUCCCUUCUUCGUGGGUUUGGUAUUGUGUCAUCAUCAUCUUUGGCUUCGACCUCAUCGGGGCAGCAAAAUGGCCUGCAAUGGGGCCAGCAGCAGUUAGAAUCCGAGAGCGGCUCCGUUCCUGCAGCAGGGCUAGGACUUGGUCUUCCAUGUGAAGAUGGUGGUUCUGGACUAAAGGAAUUGAUGAUGGGAACACCCUCAAUGUUUGGUCCUAAACACACCACUCUUGAUUUUCUAGGAUUGGGGAUGGCUGCUGGUGGCACUGCUGGUGGAGGCUUAUCUGCACUUAUCACAUCUAUUGGUGGUGGUUUGGAUGUAACUGCAGCCUUUGGCAAUGGAGAUUUUUCUGGCAAAGAUAUUGGAGGUAGCUCUUGAUAUAGCAGUAAUAAUAUAUUUUGGUAGUAAGAAAGAAAGAACAAGAGCUGCACUUAUCAGGGCAAAAAGUUAUAUAAGACAGUGUAGAAUUAAAAAUGUUGUCUUUGUGUAGAAUCUUUAGUUGCAAUGCACCAACAUGCACAAAUGAGGGCCUUUUUAGGAUUGUGUUGCUCCCUUUAAUGCGAGGGAGAGAAACUGUAUUUAGUGUUAGAAAACGGAAAGUUGGCACAAGUUACAAUAUGCUUGCUCUGGAUGAAGGGUAGUUGUUCAAUUAAGGGUGUUUUGCCAAAGGGUUUGAACUUUGAUAUGGUUGUCGUAGGUUAUGGCGACAGUGGCACGUUUGAAGAUAUACUCAACAGUGUUGAUUGAAUUUGAAUUAAGCCGUUGGAUCAUGGAUGCUUUGGUUCGUAGCUGUUGGCAUAAAUCAGGAAACUUUGAUGAUGUUGUAGUUUUCUUCAACUGUCGAUUUAUUGUAACGAGGUGGAUUUCCACGUACGCCCCAUUGUUUUGUAGUUAAUGGUUGAUUGAAUUCUUCUAGUGAGUAAGUAGUGUUUUUAUGUAAAUGUCAUGAAGAAUUGUUGUAUUCCGUAUUUCCUUUUGUAGUUAAAGUUGCUGUUUUAAGCAGCUUUAUUUAAUUGCCAAGCAUUUACGAUA